AUGUCGCGUCGUGUUGUGUUAACAGCGAAACAAAAAAUUGCGGUUUUCAACGAUUUAAAGACUUCCAAAGACCGAAAAACCAUUGCUGCUAAAUAUAAAGUUAGCUUAAGCACUAUAUCGCGCAUUCAAAUCCAAGAGAACAAAAUCCGCGCCAUAACAAAUCCCAAUAGGAAACGGGAUAGGAAAGGCGCACACGUGAAUUUGGACAGAACCUUGUUGUCCUGGUUUAACCAAAUCCGGUCCCAAAAUGGAAUUGUUACCGGACCUGUCUUGCUUUCUAAAGCACAGGAAUUUGCGUUAAAAUUAAACGAAAGUUAUGUGCCAGACCGUAGUUGGUUGCAGCGUUGGUGCGGGCGAAAUGCCCUUAACUUCUCCAAGAUUUACGGAGAAGCUGGCGAAAAUAACGCAACAAGUGCAGAAGUUUUCACUACUAACCGUUUGCCUCAUAUUAUUGAAAAAUUUUCGCCGGAUUGUAUAUUUAAUGCCGAUGAAACCGGGCUGUACUACAAGGCGUUGCCAAAUGGAAGUUACAAAGGCAAGUAUGAGAAUCCAAAGGGAUUCAAAACUCAAAAGCAACGCCUCACAUUUCUGUUUCUAUGCAAUGCAACCGGCACGUAUAAACGUGCAUAUUGCAUUGGAAAGUCGGCUAAACCACGGUCUUUUAAAGGAAAACAGCUACCGCUGCCAUAUUAUAAUAAUAGAAGUGCUUGGAUGACGAGUGUUAUUUGGAAAAAGAUUCUAAUAGAUCUCAAUCAAAAUCUUGAAAAAGAUAACAAGCAGAUAUGUUUGAUUGUUGAUAAUGCUCCUUGCCACAAUACAGAUGAGAAAUUCUCAAACAUUACGAUUGAAUUUUUGCCACCAAAUACAACUGCCCUUAUACAGCCACUUGAUCAAGGUAUCAUCCACUCCUUUAAAAUGGAAUAUCGACAAAUACUAAUAAAAAAACAAAUUUGUGCGUUGGAGAAGGGCUUAUCUAUAGUUGAAUUCCUGAAAUCGCUCACUAUUUUGGAUGGUAUCAAUUAUGCAAAUCGCGCUUGGAACCUUGUUAAGCAGCAAACAAUUAGUAAUUGUUUCAAAAAGGCAGGCAUUGACAACAUUCAAUUCAUUACAGAUGAGAUUGCAGCCACAGAAGGCGAAAACUAUGAAUGGUGCACACUCGAUAAUGAAUACAUUCAAUGCGAUAAUGAACUUGUCUGCUUUGGAACCAUGUCGGACGAGGAUAUUGUUGCGGACGUAUUGGCCGUCAAUCAAAAUUCUACUGAAGAUGAGGAAGUGUUCGCGCAAUCUGAGGCUUGUAUUAAACACCCCUCAACGAAAAAUGCCUUGCUAAGCUUAGAUUCGCUGCGUGACUAUUUUUGUCAUAACAAUAUAGAUCCCUUAGAGGCUUUUGAAGAUAUUGAAAAUUUAAUCCUAGAGAGUUCUGAAAAACAGAAAUGCCAGAAGAAAAUAACAGAUUUUUUAAGUAAAUCUUAA